AUGAAUGCCGACGAGCUAAAAUCAUUAGAAGAAAAGUCAGAGAGCCAGAGUAAGACCUUUGUAGAGUCCAAGUUAAUCAAAAAUACGAUUUGCCAUUAUUGUGACAAGAUUUUUUUGAAAAAUUCUGACUUACAACGUCAUAUAUUAAGUCAUACAAAUGAAAGAAAUUUUAAGUGUCUCGAAAUUGGUUGCAACAAAAAUUUUAAAUUAAAAAAUACUCUUGAAAGACAUGCGAAAACACACCAAAAACAUGUUUUCUCAUGUAACGUAUGUUUAAGUACUUAUAGUUCUUUUAAAGCAUUAGAAUAUCACAAGAAAGUUCAUUCAAGUGUUCACAUAUUCCAACUCUUCAACAUUGAUAUCGAAAGUGAAACUAAAGUAACGAAAGAGAUGACAUAUCCUGCUACUCAACAUUCUACGAAUAAUUUAUCAAAAUCAGAACACGUUCAUGAAAAAGUACGAGAAGUAAUCGUAGACAUUGAUAUGUCUACAAAUAUUCCAUUAAAGAUAAUGAAAAAAUUUUUUUGUGAAAUUUGUGGUAAAAGCUUCACAAAGCCAGUUGAUUAUCGACGACAUUCAGACGCUGUUCAUAACAAAAAACGACCAUUCUCAUGCUCGAUCAAUAACUGCAACAAAUCGUUUUCACUCAAAUGCACUCUUCAGCGACACAUGAAAACUCACGAAUUCUCCCGAAAAUUACUAAUUUGUGACAUUUGUAAGAAGCCGCUCCGUGCAAAAUGUAGUUUAAAACUUCAUAAACUUCUUCACGACAACAUCAAACCACAUAAGUGCAAUGAAUGUGGUUUAAAAUUUAGAACGCCUGGAAACAUGAAAAAACAUUUUGAAAUUCAUAAAAUUAAAACAUUAGACUGA